GCCGCCACUUCCGAGCUUUCCGUGCAAGAUGGACUUCCUCCUGGGGAAUGCGUUCAGCACGCCGGUGGGACAGUGCAUGCAUACGUCUUUGCCAGACUCGACUCUUUCUGGAGAGGCCUGCUGUGUUUAUUUCGAUUGGACCUCUGGAGUCACUGACUUUCAAAGAUGUGGCUAUAGACUUCACAUUGGAGGCCUGGAGACUGAUGGACCCUACACAGAGGAACCUGCACAAGGAUGUGAUGCUGGAGAAUGACAGGAAUCUUGUCUCCCUGGGUGAGGAUGAUGCAGAAGACACAGCACAGUCAAAGCGACGACUACUGAAGGUGGAAGUGGUCUCGUCAGAGCAAAGGUCAUGGCAGCUGGUUUCUGGGAUGCGUAAGGCAUUUUGCUUGUUGACUUUCUCUGAGAGGCUGAAGAACAACAACAUCUGCUUACAGAGUGUUUUUGAGAAAGUUAGUCAAAGCUAA